ACACACACACACACACACACACACACAAAGACAGGUCUGCAGUUUCUCAUGGCUGUGAGCCGCUGCAGAAAACCCCUCACCACCUCCUCUCCCCGCCCCCACAUCUUGCCUCCAUUAUUCCCGUGUUUUUGUUUUAUUUUAUUUUUUAUUUUAUUUUUGAAGCAGCUCCGGUGACAGGCAAGGAGAAGCAGCACCUAGCCCGUCUUGUUUUAUUAGCUGCUUCUUCCGGUUGCCCCCCCUCCUGCUAGCUGACCAUUGGUACGGUCUCCCGUACGGUCUUUCGUCCGUGCGCGAGGCGCCGGUAGUGAAAGGAGGGGGGGGUGGCUGUGCGGGGAGAGCUGAGGCUCUGCUCUCCGAAGAAGGGAUGAGAGAGAAGGAGGGAGGAACACGGUUUCAGUAAAUUAGAUUUUUUUCUUCCCCCUCGGUUUGAAAUGGCGAAGGCAUGAGACAGCUCUGCCUGUGUUGACAGCAGCGACGGCUAACGGUCACGAACAUGGAUGCUGACGUGCCUCCUCGUUCAGGCCGGCCAGGAAAGCGAGCGUUCUUUGAUGAUUUUGUAGCAGGAACACGACUCGUGUCUUUCUGGGAUUAAUAGUCCAGGUUAUUUAUUUAUUUUUCUCUCCACUUUUCCAUUUUGGUGUCUUCUUCUCAAGUCUCUGGGAGCUUCAGAGAGGCGGCGUUUGUUUGCAAGGUGCACCCAGCUGAAACCAUUAAACCAUGGGAGAUGAGUAAACCAGGCCCCUGCAGAGAUGACCGAGGGGAGGCGAUGUCAGGUCCACCUAUUGGACGACAGGAAACUGGAGCUUCUCGUACAGCCCAAACUGAUGGCUAAGGACUUGCUGGACCUUGUGGCCUCACACUUCAACCUCAAGGAGAAGGAGUACUUUGGUAUUGCAUACACAGAUGAAACGGGCCACUUUAGUUGGCUGCAACUGGACCGCAGGGUAUUGGAGCAUGAGUUCCCCAAGAAGUCUGGUCCCAUUGUUCUUUACUUCUGUGUCAGGUUUUACAUCGAAAGUAUAUCCUACCUAAAGGACAACGCUACAAUUGAACUAUUCUUUCUUAAUGCCAAGUCCAUCAUAUACAAGGAGCUUAUUGAAGUAGACAGCGAAAUUGUUUUUGAAUUAGCCUCCUACAUCCUACAAGAGGCUAAAGGUGAUUUAAACAGUGAUGAUGCAACCAGGUCGGAUUUGAAAAAGCUGCCUGCUCUGCCCACCCAGGCUUUAAAGGAGCACCCAUCUCUAGCCUACUGUGAAGAACGAGUCAUAGAGCAUUACAAGAAGCUCAGUGGACAGUCUAGAGGGCAAGCCAUUGUAAAUUACAUGAGUAUUGUUGAGUCUCUGCCCACAUAUGGAGUGCAUUACUAUGCUGUAAAGGACAAACAGGGGAUCCCAUGGUGGCUGGGUCUGAGCUAUAAAGGCAUAUUUCAGUAUGACUACCAGGACAAAGUAAAACCCAGGAAGGUGUUUCAAUGGCGUCAGCUGGAGAACCUCUACUUCAGAGAGAAGAAGUUCUCUGUGGAAGUUCAUGACCCCAGAAGUAGGGCGUCGGUAACAAGAAGGACAUUUGGCCACAGUGGCAUUGCUGUGCACACCUGGUACGCCUGUCCUGCCCUCAUCAAGUCCAUCUGGGCCAUGGCUAUCAGCCAACAUCAGUUCUACCUGGACCGCAAGCAGAGCAAGUCAAAGAUCCAUGCAGCGAGGAGUUUGAGCGAGAUUGCCAUAGACCUCACUGAAACUGGAACUUUGAAGACAUCCAAACUGGCCAACAUGGGCAGCAAGGGCAAGAUUAUCAGUGGCAGCAGUGGAAGUCUACUCUCCUCAGGCUCUCAGGAAUCAGACAGCUCCCAAACUGCUAAGAAGGACAUGUUGGCAGCUUUGAGAGCCAGGCAGGAAGCUCUGGAGGAAACUCUAAGACAGAGACUAGAGGAGCUCAAGAGCAUCUGUAUCAGAGAGGCGGAACUAACAGGAAAGCUUCCCAAAGAAUAUCCUCUGGAUCCGGGGGAAGAGCCACCCACAGUGAGGCGGAAGAUUGGCACCGCCUUCAAACUGGAUGAGCAAAAAAUUCUUCCUAAAGGAGAGGAAGAGGAGCUGGAGCGGUUGGAGCGGGAGUUCGCCAUUCAGUCGCAGAUCACGGAGGCAGCCAGGCGUCUCGCCAGUGAUCCUCACGUGAGCAGCAAGAAGCUGAAGAAACAGCGGAAGACCUCUUAUCUGAAUGCACUGAAGAAGCUCCAGGAAAUUGAGAACUCUAUCAACGAGUAUCGGGUCCGCUCCGGCAAGAAGCCAACGCAGAGAGCAUCGCUUAUCAUUGAAGAAGCUAAUAUAUGCUCUGAAGACAGCUCAUUGUCUGAUGCGCUCGUUUUAGAUGACGAUGAUCCUCAAGUUACCGGUACCCCAACCUUCUCUCCUGUAGCAUCGCCUCAUAAAGGCCUCCCUCCACGUCCACCGUCUCAUAGCCGGCCUCCUCCUCCUCAGUCGCUGGACGGCCUGCGACACAUGCACUACACACGCUCUGACUAUGACAAGUCUCCCAUCAAACCCAAAAUGUGGAGCGAGUCGUCACUGGAUGAGCCUUAUGAAAAAGUGAAGAAGCGCUCAUCUCACUCCAGUCACAGGCGAUUUCCAAGUUCUGGCAGUGCCGAAGCAGGAGGUAGUAAUUCUCUUCAGAGCAGUCCUAACAAGAACAUGCCUCAGUGGAACUCUCAGUCCAGCAUGCCCUCAACACCGGACCUGAGAACUAGAACGCCACACUAUGUACAUUCCACCAGGUCAGUGGACAUCAGUCCCACCCGUCUGCACAGUCUCUCUCAGCACUUUAGGAACCGCAGCUCCAGCCUUGAGUCUCAGGGCAAACUGCUGGCGUCUGAUUCGGACGCACACCCGCACACUCUGGGCAGUCCGGACUUCUUCCUCGGCCCGGGACGAGGCUCCAACGGCUCUGACCCUUUGGAUGACUGUUCAUCCUGCACCAGCCAAAGCAGCUCGGAGCAUUACUGCCCCUCCGGUGGACCCCCAGGCAGUAAUCCCAACUACUCUACUCUGGGAGAAGACUCGCCCUCUAAAGCAAGGCAGAGGCAGAGACAAAGGCACAGGUCUGCAGGUAACUUAGGUUCCUCUAAUUCUGGCUCUAUGCCAAACCUGGCAGCUAAAAACGGCUCUGUUGGAGGCUCAAAUGGAGGUGGGACAGGAGGUGGGCACCACGGAGUCUACCUCCACAGCCAGAGCCAGCCCUCCUCCCAGUACCGCAUCAAGGAGUACCCUCUGUACGUGGAAGGCAGCACCAACGCUGUGGUGGUACGCAGCCUGGAGAGCGACCAGGAGGGCCAUUACAGCGUCAAGGCUCAGUUCAAGACCUCCAGCUCUUACACGGCCGGGGGGCUGUACAAGGAGGCCUGGGGCGGAGAGGAGGGAGGCGAGGGAAGUGGCCGGCUCACGCCAUCACGGUCUCAGAUCGUACGGACUCCAUCGUUAGGGAGAGAGGGUGGUGGUGGAGGAGGGGGGAGGGCCGCGGUGUCUGAAGAGCUGCGGUGUUGGUACCAGAGGUCUUCAGGAAGCCUGAAGGAAAGGAAUCACUCACAUUCGGGGUCCACAUCCUCUGAGUCUGGGUCGCAGCAAGGAACUCUGGGACAUGGUCGAGGGACUAGAGUAGGAACACUCGCCAAGUGUUCACCAGCUGCGUCCCCUCACAGUCAGAGGAGCCUGACCCCCUCCAGCGAGCACCCAGCCACCCCCACACCCCCCUGCAGCCCACAGCACAUCCUCAACUGGAAGAACGGGUCUUUUAGUGACAGCUGUUUUCUCAGCAGCCCCCUGUGUUCGGAGCUGGCAGAUGUGCAGUGGUACGGAAAAGACAAGGCCCAACCUGGGACACUGGUCUGAGACCUUCCUGCAGGGCCGAGAAGUAUCCCUUUGUUCUCUCCUACGACCUCCUCUCUGUUCGUCACUAAAACCCAUCAGCAACCAAUAACCUCAUCCUUAGUGUCCUUCAGCCACCCCAGAUGCAACGGAACAGGAGCUGUCUCCUUAAAUCUUCCCACUUUCUUCUUCACGCCCCGCCUAUCACAGCUCAGCCGGACAGGGACGCAUUUGCUGGGUUUUGAUAAGGUCUUUUUUCCCAGGACGGACUGAGAAGUGCCACCUCAGCACGAUGGAGUCCUUCCCUUCUUCACCUUCUGGAGCACACAAGCAAUGGGCCAAAGGGUCAAGAGCAAGGAAAGACAGAGCACAGAACAUCACAAACGCUUUUCACACUCAACAAACCCAACAUGGAUCGGCCCAGGACAUUUUUCCCCCCGACACUGCGUCCUGUUAUCCCUGCGGUGCUACCGCCCGGUCAGACGAUACACACUGGAUUUGAGCCACCAGUUUAAAGAAAAAAAAAUCAUUUUUUUAAAUUAGUACAUGAACUAUGUUGCAUUUCAUUAUCCCCGUUCUCACUGUUUUAUGUUUUUUUUUUUCAAAUUUCCUAAUUUAUAUUUCUAAAAAAAAAAGAGAAGAUUUCAGAUUUAACACUGUUUAACCCACCUCCAAACACGGCUGCUGGAUCAACUGGUCACGUCACGGUUCUUUGGGCAGGUGCCUCAGCAGAGAUGUCAUCAGUUGGCAAUAUGUGAGCGAAUCCCUGUGACGACAUCAGGUGGCGUUCUGGGACAUUACCUGACACAGACGAGGGCUAUAGCAAUAAUGAACACUGCACAAGGCUACGAACUGGUUUGAAUCUACAGAGGGAAACUGAAACUGGCAUGUCCGGUUCUCAGCACUGGGAUGAUUGAAAUGAAGGAUCUGAAAACAUCACUGGCAGAACUUGGAGAUUAGGCAUCGGCCUGCAGGUUUUUAUUUUUGCCGACUUCAUCGACAAAAUGAAAAUCAUUUGUCCAAAAUGAUCAGUUAUAAAUCAUGGUUGUUUGGAGGUCAAUCCUGUCACAGAUACUGCAGUGAGAGAUAUUUUCAUUUCAUCUUAUCUCUUUUUUUUAAAAAUCUCUAACAGUGAACAACUGUUAAAAAUCUGUGGGCAUACUUUGCAGAUUCUUGUUGAUGCUGCUCAGUGAUGAGCAACUGUCAAAAACAGUUUUUGCUGGGAGGUUUGUCCCUCCACUCUGGUUCUUACCUUGCUGAGUCGGUCCCCUUACAGCACUGUGUUUUCCCAUCUGAACCCAAAUUAUUACUUCUAAACAUCUUGGUGCUUUGCGAGCGUACUGUAAUUCACCACUGAACCUAUUGCAGUCAUACGUACUCCUUCUAAUCAUGACUGUCUAAGAAGCCAUUUUUUAAAAAGCAGCAGGAGACGAUGUUCGUUUCAUUUUCCAUCGAGUUGAAUCCAUUUAGUUUCAUAUGAAAGCACAACAUGUCGUGUCUUCGUGGGCUGGACCUGCAGUUUUCUGUGUUCCUGUGUCAGUGUGUAAACUUUUAACUGUUAAUGUAACUUUUUGGGGGGGUCGUGGUCAGGUUGACAAAAAGUCCUGAUGCGAGGGCAAAAAAGGAAAAAGAAACUAAAAAUAACUUUUUUCAGACAUCCCAAUCAAAAAUCCAGAACAGGGUUUGAAAAGCACACCUGACUUUGUAUGAAGAAGAAGUUUCUUUUUGUUGCCGUUUCUUGUUUUUAAAGUCUUAACCAUUCUUUUUUCAUCUGUUUGUAAUUAUUCAAGUAAUAAAUUCAAAAUUGCUUUGACAGACAAUUUGAAAUCUGAUUAGGACUGGAUGAACAGAGACAAAUCUCACCCUGUCCGCCAUUAACAGAUGUUUUCUUUGCCGUAAGUUGUUUCUACGUUGUGUUCCAAAAGAAAAAGGUAUAGUUUUGGUUGCAUGUAUCAUUCAUCCUUGGUUAGUUUUGAUAAAGAAAAAUAUGCAAGACUGGAACCAGCAAUCACUGGGUUCUAUCUGAUUGGAUUUCAUCAUGAUUGCUUUUCAAGCUUAAGUGUUUUUGUGCAUUUCUGUCUUGAACUUCCAAUCCCAUGCAUGCCCUGCAAAUCCUCUGACAAAUGACCCAAAGACAGCACAACCUCCAACUUUUUCCUGCUGAAAUCAGUUCUCUUUGCUCCAAAGUGUGCUCUGCCACCUAAUUCUCUGCCCUAGCUCUAAUCUCUGACCUUUGAGACCGUUGUGAACAAGAGUGAUGUUCCUCUGUAGUCUCACGCAGCACUUUCCCUUUCCAAGAUGAGGAUUUUUAGUAAUACUCCGGGAGAAAGGAGGUACCUAUUUUAUCAGUUUUUUUUCCUGUUUGUACAGAAGGUAACACGUUUGUUGUUUUAACAACACUACAUUUUAUAUGGACCAGUAUUGUCUUUUCUUUUAGCUCCAAUAUUUAAAACAACCCUAAUGAGGUGCUACAAAAUGACCAGUAACUGCAUUGACAUUUCUUCAUUCAAUAGGUUCAGUAUCAGAUGUGCAAAAUGAAGCUUAUUUUAACAGUCCCAACAGUCGAUCACUUCCUCAGCCAGACAAUAGAGCAUGUAACUUGAUUUUCUCAGUUCUCYUCAGCUGUAACUAAACAUUAAAAUGCGUUGUAGAAAAACAAAUUUAAAAAAAUGCGGAGUUGAUUAAAAGAAUCGGAACCCCGCAGUUAAUUUAUUCUUUUUUUUUUCUAUUAAGAAUUUGUAUAGUAACUUUACAUUUUGCAAAACUGUGUUGUUGGAAAUUACUGAUGAACUUUCAAGAUGAGAAGCCGUGCUGGUUCUUGAGAGUAAGAAAAAUAAAUUAUUGAUGAAUGUUCUCAA